UUCUCUCUUGACUUUAUAGGCAAUGCUCUACUUGCAUCCUCAGUGUCCUUGGACUCUAUGGAAAUACCACACAAUAUCACAGAAUUUUUCAUGCUGGGACUCUCACAGAACCCAGAAGUACAAAGAGCUCUCUUUGUGGCCUUUUUGACCAUAUAUGGGAUCACAGUUUGUGGUAAUAUUCUCAUUGUGAUCACCAUCACCUAUAGUCCCACGCUGGUUUCCCCCAUGUAUUUUUUCCUUGCCAACUUGUCCUUUAUUGAUACCUGUUAUUCUUCCUCUAUGGCCCCUAGACUCAUAGCUGACUCCUUGUAUGAGGGGAGAGCCAUAUCCUAUGAGGGUUGCAUGGCUCAGCUCUUUGGAGCUCAUUUUUUUGGAGGUGCUGAGAUCAUCCUGCUCACGGUGAUGGCCUAUGACCGCUACGUGGCCAUCUGCAAGCCCCUGCACUACAUGGCCCUCAUGACCAGGCAUCUCUGUGCCCUGCUGGUGGGGCUGGCUUGGCUGGGGGGCUUCCUGCAUUCCAUGCUUCAGCUCCUGCUGGUCCUGCAGUUGCCCUUCUGCGGGCCUAACGUGAUCAAUCACUUUGUCUGUGACUUGUACCCCUUGCUGGAGCUUGCCUGCACCGACACCUAUGUCAUCGGCCUGCUAGUGGUGGCCAACAGUGGCGUGAUCUGCCUGUUGAACUUCCUCCUGCUGGCUGCCUCCUACCUGGUCAUCCUGCGCUCCUUGAGGUCCCACAGUGCAGAGGGGAGGCGCAGAGCCCUCUCCACCUGCGGGGCCCACUUCACGGUUGUUGCCUUGUUCUUCGUGCCCUGUAUGUUUACUUACAUGCGGCCGUCAUCUACUUUAUCUAUAGACAAAAACAUGGCAGUAUUCUAUGGUAUCCUGACUCCUAUGUUAAAUCCACUCAUUUACACUCUGAGAAAUGAAGAGGUAAAGAAUGCCUUGACAAAGUUCUUCACACAGUAAGAUCUUAAAUGUAGCUAA